CUCGGACGGGCAGAGUCGAGCCGACCCGUCUAGCUUGCGCGCAUCUCCUCCGCAGCCUCCUCCCAGCCAGCUCUUAGCCGCGCCUUUACGCCUCCGCUGCUGCGCCGAUCCUUCCAAUGCGCCUGGCGGAGAUGAUCAAGAAGAUGGGUCCCGGCGAGGUGGAGUUCAACAUCCCGGCCAAGAACUGCUACCGGAUGGUGGUGCUGGGCUCGUCCAAGGUGGGCAAGACGGCCAUCGUCUCGCGCUUCCUCAGCGGCCGGUUCGAGGACCAGUACACGCCCACCAUCGAGGACUUCCACCGCAAGCUCUACAGCAUCCGCGGGGAGGUCUACCAGCUGGACAUCCUGGACACGUCCGGCAACCACCCCUUCCCGGCCAUGCGGCGCCUCUCCAUCCUCACCGGAGAUGUCUUCAUCCUCGUCUUCAGCCUGGAUAACCGGGACUCCUUCGAGGAAGUCCAGCGUCUGAAGCAGCAGAUCCUGGAGACCAAGUCUUGCCUGAAAAACAAGACCAAGGAGAACAUUGAAGUUCCUCUGGUUAUUUGUGGGAACAAAGGCGACCGGGACUUCUACCGGGAGGUGGAACCCCGAGAAAUUGAGCAACUGUUGGGCCAGGACUCCAAAAAGUAUCCCUAUUUUGAGAUCUCUGCCAAGAAGAACAGCAGUUUGGACGAGAUGUUCCAGGCGCUCUUCACCAUGGCCAAACUUCCCAACGAAAUGAGCCCAGAUUUGCACCGCAAAGUCUCUCUGCAGUACUGUGAUCUGUUGCACAAGAAGACCCUCAAGGGCAAAAAGCUCCUGAAGGACAGCUCUGGGGAAGGGACUGGGGAUGCCUACGGCAUUGUGGCCCCCUUCGCUCGCAGGCCCAGCGUCCACAGCGACCUCAUGUACAUCCGGGAGAAGGCCAUCCGAGGCGGACAGGCUAAGGACAAAGAACGUUGCGUGAUCAGCUAAAGGCUCUUCUCUCUGGUCUUCGGACCUCCCUGACCAAGGGGGACCAAGAAGCUCUUUGGUAGCCAAACUCUGCCAGCCCUUCUGGGAGGCACGCAAGCCUCGGGCUGUGGAAGACAGGGCCUCCUCACUCUCCACGGGGAACCCUUGACUAUUUUCCUUUUAGCAGGAGUUGGAGGCAAGGCUGGACCGUCCAGCUAGGACCCGGAACUGGAGAAAAAACAUUGAAGACUCAGUGGUUGGAAGGAGACCUUCUGUGAAGACCCUCUGACUAUGUUUGUGGUCAAAAGACUGGGGGGAAACGGGAGGGGGGAUUUGGUUGUACGGGAGGCAGCCGCUAGCUGAACUCCCCGACUUUCUCAUGGCUGUGUCUGUGAUGCUUUCGAUGUGUUGCCUCUGAGCAUGUUGAAAAGUUUUAAUUUGCUGCUACUGCUGCUGACAAUUGUCCAUGGCUUGUCCUCUCCUUCCCCUUCACCCCCAUUGUGUGGGAGCACAGAAGGAGGGGAGACUGGUGGGGAAGCUGUUGGAAAAGUGAUCCUGUUUACAGCCCUCCUCCUUUUUCAUGGACGUUUGUUGACAAACGAGCAAACCAACCUACAACCGCAUUGCAUUAAAGCCAACAGGCACUUUAUAUACAUAUGUAGAAUUAUCGGGUUGAUUGUCAAGAUUGGCAUCUUGUUUUUACGAUGUUUGACACUGGUUCUUUGUUAUAUUUGGGUGAGGUUUUUUCUAUGAAAUAAAACUUUUGAAAAAUACAACAA